AUGUACAAAAUAGCUGCCUUGCCGUCAGCAAUCGAACUCUCCAAGAACGAAAGCACCGGACGAAGCUGGGCAACGAUUGUGUCCCAGUCAUCGGUGGUGUCCUCUAACACCCGGAGCGUGCGCUCGAGUCUCGGUCUUCUGGCUGUCGUCCUAGACUUGCGAUCAGCGAACGAGGAAACCAAAGCGUUAGUCGACGACCCCACACGAAAACGCGAGAAGGUCCGGGCCGCACUGAAAGAGGAAACGACUACAUCGAACGUUGAGAUUGUCGGAGUCAAGCCGACAUCCCGAACUACGAUCAAGGUCUUUGUUGACUCCGAAGAAAGCUUGGCACAUCUUCGCAGAGCCACUCACUGGCUGAAAUUCUUGCCGGGAGCUACGUUGCAGGGUGAGCAGUGGUUCCCCGUGAAAUUAAAUGAUGUCAAGAAGGAAAGUGUCUACGGACCAUCGGGGGCACAAAGACAGAGCUUCACACAGACAUUCCAAGAGGAAAAUGAGAUCGAACAGGUCAGAAAGAUCGUUUGGCUGAGUGGAACGAAACGCUACGGAUCCAUGGCGAUUUAUCUGUCUAAAAAAGGGGACGCCGAGGCACUUCUCAAUCGCCGAAUCGUGCAUGUACACGGAGAAGCAGUGUUCUCAGAUAGAUUUCAUGAGCGGCCGAGGCCAUUGCGAUGCCGCAAAUGUCAGCAAUACAAUCACAAAGAGGACCGAUGCCCGAAUUCCGAAGCGUGCGGCAAAUGUGCGGGCCAUAAUCGCGCCGUGCAGUGCACGUCCGAUGUUGUCAAGUGUGCCGCCUGUCAAGGUAACCACGCCGUCACCGACCGUGACUGCCCGAAGUGGGACGAGGCGUGGAAAGUGAUCCGCCGGCGAGAGCGGGAGGUGACCGCCAGACGGCCAGACUCCCUACCCUAUGGUAGCCAGUAG